CUGAUCGACGCGGCAAUUGCCGAGGACCAGACUUUCAACGACCCGACGACCGCCGCGCUGGUGCCGCCACAGAUCCGGGGCGUGGGGAUACUGCGGGCGAAGGCAGCCGGGGUGCUGGCGGGCGUGGAAGUAGGAAUGGCCGUGUUCCGGCGGGUGGAGCCUGAGCUGGAGCUUGAUGCGUUGAUGGCUGACGGGGCCACGCUGGCACCUGGGGAUGACAUUGCUCGGGUCGCUGGACCUGCGGGCGGUAUUUUACGGGCCGAGCGAAUCGCGCUGAAUUUCAUGCAGCGAAUGAGCGGCAUCGCGAGCCUGACGAACCGCUAUGUAAGGGCUAUCGAAGGAUCCCGGUCGCGGAUUGUGGACACCCGCAAGACCGCGCCCGGCCACCGCUACUUGGACAAAUAUUCAGACAACCACAUCGAGGCGAACCGGUUCCGUGAGAUGGGUCUGCGGCAGGUAAUCGAACUGGCGCUGGAGCGCGCGUCGCACACCAUACGGGUCGAGGUCGAGGUGGAGACGCUGGAGGAUGCGCAGGAGGCGCUGGACGCCGGGGCGCAUAUCAUUAUGCUGGACAACAUGCCGGUGGAGAUGAUGCGGGAAGCCAUGGGCUUCAUCGGCGACCAAGCGGUUGUAGAGGCGUCCGGCGGUAUCAACUUCAACACCGUUCGCGAUGUAGCCAGUACGGGCGUUCAUCUCAUAUCCAUCGGCGAGCUGACCCACUCGCCACCCGCACUGGAUAUCAGCCUGGAUCUUGAAUUUGAAUAG